AUGGCAGUAAUUGAUAAAAUUCGUCAAUUAAUUCCCCCGCUUUCGUCAGGAUAUCAUAAAGGCCAAGCAGGUAGAGUCUGCGUUGUCGGUGGCUCUGAUGAAUAUACGGGUGCUCCCUAUUUUAGUUCUUUUUCAGCUUUGAAACUUGGAGCUGAUAUGGCUUUCGUGGUAUGUCAACCAACAGCAGCGGUGGCAAUUAAGAGCUAUACUCCUGACUUAAUGGUACAUCCUUAUCUACGUAGAUCCGAUGAUACGGACAAGACUUCAGAAGAAAUAAUAAAUAAUGUGGCAAAACUGUUACCAAGAUUACACGUUAUGGUUAUAGGUCCUGGAUUAUCAAGGGAUAAUAUGAUGUUGGAGUGCGCCAAGGGUAUUAUUGCAAAGGCGAAAGAAAAGGACUUACCACUUGUCAUUGACGCAGACGGUUUGUACCUUAUUCAAAAUCAUCCAGAAAUUAUUAAGGGUUAUCCUAAUGCAAUCUUGACACCUAAUGUCGCUGAAUUUAAACGACUUUGUGAAGAAAUGAAGAUUAAUUUCGAAGACAACCACAAGGAUAAAAUGGCUGGGUUAUUAAGCCAAGCGUUUGAUGGAGUAACAAUCGUCCAGAAGGGGCAAUAUGAUUUAAUUUCCAAUGGAAAUGAAGUAUUUAAGGUUGAUAAUGAAGGAGGACUUAAACGGUGUGGUGGACAAGGAGAUAUUCUUACUGGGCUUAUUGCCACUUUUAUGGCUUGGGGUUCGGCUUAUCAUAAUAAACUUUGGCAACAUGAUAAUUUAAUUUCACCUUCAGAAGUUCCAAUGUUGGCUAGUUAUGCUGCAUGUACCCUUACAAGAGAAUGUUCACGUUCUGCUUUUAAGAAAUUUGGACGUUCAGUACAAACUUCUGAUAUGAUUAACGAGAUAGGACCUUCAUUUAAAAAAUUGUACGAGAGGUAA